AAAGCUAGAAUUAAACCAAAGUAUUGCAUUUUUAAUAACUUUAUAUAAACUCUUCAUAAGAACCAAGAAAUUAACCAGUACACCUCAAUAUUCUAUUUGUUUCACUAUGGGGCAUUUUAUCAAGCAAGUGGUGUGCAUUCUGUUCUUGGUGAUUUCAACUCCGUCUGUGCAAAUUGAAGCUAGAAAUAGCAAGUUUAUGAUAAUUCCUACAUCUCCUUCACCUGCUCCUACUCCGAUUUCUAAUGAAAUUAGUUUCCCUCCUUUUUCAUCGUUAAGUCCAACACCAGCACCAGCACCAACACCGGACUUUAAUGAUUUUGGAUUUCCUCCUUUGUCGUUUUUAAGUCCAACACCAUCACCGAUAGAGGGUGAUCAAGAUCCUGGUUUGCCAACACCGGCGGGGGCACCGGAGGAAGGUGAUAUUGAAGCACCAGCACCACUUUUGAGUGACACUCCUUAUGGACUUUAUGGUCCUCAUGCUCAGGAAGUUCCUUCUACUACUCUCACAAAUUUUGAUGAUGUAGAAAAGGAAUUACAAGGUGCCCGUUUCAACACGGACGAGUCCUACAAUAACAAUAACAACAACAAUAACAAUGGAUACUCUGAUAAUUACAACUACGAUAGCCACUCGAAGAAUUACAACAACAAUGAUGGUCACUCGGAGAAUUACAAUAACAACAAUGGGUAUUCCCAAAAUUACAACAACAAUGAUUUCUCCGAGACUUACAACAACAACGACGAUGCUUUCUCAGAGAAUCACAACAACAACAAUGAUGCUUUCUCGGAGAAUCACAACAACAACAAUGAUGGUUUUUCGGAGAAUUACAACAACCUCAACCAUAACAACAAUGAUUUCUCCGAAAAAUACAACCACAACAACAAUGAUUUCUCCGAGAAUUACAACAACAACAACAAUGUUUUCUCCAAGAAUUACAACAAUAACAAUGAUUUCUCCGAGAAAUACAACAACAACAACAAUGUUUUCUCCGAGAAUUACAACAACAACAACAAUGAUUUCUCCGAGAAAUACAACAACAACAACAAACUCUACUCUGAGAAUAAUAACAACAACAACAACGACGACAAUAGCUACUCCAAGAAUUACAACAGCAACAAUGAUUUCUCCGAGAAUUACAACAACAACAACAAUGGUUUCUCUGAAAAUUACAACAACAAUGACUUCUCGGGGAAUUACAAAACUAACAACAACAACAAUGUUUUCUCUGAGAAUUACAACAACAACGGGUACUCCAAUAGUUACAACAACAACAACAACAACAACAGAUACUCUGAGAAUAUGUCAGAGAGGCAAGGAUUAAGCGACACAAGAUUCUUGAACAAUGGCAAGUACUACUAUGACAUCAAGAAUGACAAUCCCAACAACAACAAUGAUCAUGCUAACAGCUACAAUAACAAUGCAAAUAUGGUGGAAACUCAAGGAUUCAGUGAGACACGAUUUUCGGACAAUGGCAACUACUUUUAUGGUAAAAAUGGUGAGAAAAUGACCAUGGAAGAGUUCAAAAGACAACAGGACUAUCCAGGCACUGAGGAUCAGUAUGAACUUCCUUGAAGAUAAAACAUUUAUCAAUUGGUUCAGAACACAAGGACAAAAGCAGGGGAGGAUAUUCAAAUAGAUUUUACAUUGAAUUUUUAAGUUAUUUUGAGUGAGUGUUUGUGUAUUAGUUCUACUUGUGUCUGCAAACACUUUUUUUUUUAAUAGUUCUACAAAUCAGACCAAGGGAACUUUGUGUUGUUCAACACUUUUCAAUUUUUUUUAACUUUUUAUAAUGACAUUAUUGAAGCUUCAUGCCUGCCUGGUUAUAAACUUGUACUGAAGUAGUAAUAUUUUUG